UGUAACUAUAGCCGCCUGUCAAGAUGGUAGGGAAAUACGCUACUCUGUGUGCAUGUCUGUGUCUCCACCAGGUUUAUGCCAAUGUGGAAAACCCUGAACUGACUAUUCUCGUCAGUAACUGGAACCCCGGGAAAAUACUAAAACUAUCUAUUACUGCAUCGGCGGCACGAAUAUCCGGUUUGGUGAACAGCUUGCGCCCUGUAGGGAUCGAUUAUGACCCCAUAGAACAGAAAGUCUACUGGACUGAUGUUGCUCUGAAGGCGAUCUUAGCAAGGGACGUCAACGAUAACAGUAAUGAGAUCAUCCUGUCCUUGAAUUCAAAUGCCACGCCUGAUGGAAUAGCUAUUGAUUCCAUCGCCAGGAAGAUAUUUUACACAGACACCGGAAAUGACGUCAUUGUUGUACUGAACAUGAAUGGUACCGGAAGUGAGAUCGUCGUUGAUAGUGGACUUAACGAACCUAGAGGAAUUGUUCUUCACGAAGAAAACAGGAAGAUGUACUGGACAGACUGGGGACUUGACGCAUACAUAGCAUCAGCUAAUUAUGACGGUACGAACAUCAGUCGGAUCGUCACUACAGGUCUUGGUUGGCCGAACGGACUAACAAUGGACAGGAGGAAUGGAAUACUCUACUGGUGCGACUCCUUGACGUUCAGAUUAGAAUCAGUGCGGGUAGACGGGACACAGAGAACAGUGUUGCUGAUUGAACCUGGGGCUCGCUACUUCGGGAUCUUUUUUCACGACGGCGUCAUCUACUUCACGGACAGGAACAGAAGGGCAGUAUUCAACAUACCUUCAACCGGUGGGACAACGGGCACCAUGACGUCAACACAGAUCACAACGCCUGUGGGAAUCCACGUAUUCUCAAACAGAAAACCAUCGGAGUGUCCUGUGGGACAAUAUGGAGACGACUGCGAGCAAUGUGGGAACUGCAAUGAGGGAUCUGUCUGUGAGAAGACCACUGGAAAAUGUUUGGCCGGAUGUGUCGCUGGUUACAAAGGCAGUGACUGCAAACAAGUUCAGGACAAAACAUCGGUAGCAGGAAUCACCCCUAAAGCAUGUCCAGCCAACACCCACGGCCCUGACUGUGCCCCGUGUGGGAUGUGUGCAGGAGUGGUCCCAUGUAACAAGGUCCUGGGUGUCUGUCCAGCUGGCUGUCAAAAUGGAUGGACUGGGGACAAGUGUGACCGGGCAUGUCUUCCAAACACGUAUGGGACUUCCUGUCAGCCAUGUGGUCAAUGUGCUGGAGGUGUCCACUGUGACAAGAGCUCUGGACUUUGUGCCAAUGGAUGUCAGGAUGGUUGGUCGGGGUCUUUGUGUAGGACACAAUGUAUUCCUGGUACAUAUGGUGCGGGGUGUCUAUCGCUCUGUUCCCACUGCAAGACAGGAAGUGUGUGUCAUCAGGCGACUGGUCGAUGUCCGACAGGUUGUCAACAGGGAUGGAGCGGUGCUAAAUGUGACGAGGAAUGUGAACCGGGCACUUACGGUAAAAACUGCGCAUCACUCUGCUCGCACUGCAUGCUGGGAAGUGUGUGUAAUCACGUGACGGGCCAAUGCCCAGAUGGGUGUCAGUCAGGCUGGAGUGGGGACAAGUGUGAUGAAGAAUGUAUUCCUGGUACAUAUGGUGCGGGGUGUCUAUCGCUCUGUUUCCACUGCAAAACAGGAAGUGUGUGUCACCAGGCGACUGGUCGAUGUCCGGCAGGUUGUCAACAGGGAUGGAGCGGUGCUAAAUGUGACGAGGAAUGUGAACCGGGCACUUACGGUAAAAACUGCGCAUCACUCUGCUCGCACUGCAUGCUGGGAAGUGUGUGUAAUCACGUGACGGGCCAAUGCCCAGAUGGGUGUCAGUCAGGUUGGAGUGGAGACAGGUGUGAUGAAGACAUGCAGGGCAGCACCAAGCAAGAAGCAAGCAAUAUGUCCGUUCUAAUUGUUGCCGCAUCUGUCAUCAUUGUCCUGCUUGUCAUCAUUGCCAUUGUUGCUGUAGCCGUACUAGUCAGACGAAAGCGACAACCACGACAGAAGACCAUCGACCAAUACGACACAGCUGGUCCCCCAAUGCUGACCGGUGGCUAUCGCGUCCCAUCCGACCAAUGCCCUGCCUACCUGGGCAUCAUGAGGCCCACCCAUGCUUCCAGCAUCCAAACCGAUGAUGCCCAAGCUGACGCGUACAUUCCCAUGAGUAACACCACACGGCAGCCAACGGAGGAAUUAGAAGACCAUAUAUAUGAAACACCAUUGUUUUAAGUUGGGGUUAAGAUGAGAUAGCCCCACAAAGAGUGCACCUAUUGCUCUGUGGACGACUUACGUUAUCAAUAGAAAGUCCAUCCAUAAGCUUUGCUUUGAAUUGUCAGGCAACAAAUGCAUAUUCUUGCGCAAAUCGGGGGCUACUGAUAUCGCCUGCUUACCCUUUUAGUGAACACCUGUCAUCACUGAUUUUUAGUCAUUGAUUUAUAAGAUGUCCACCGCUCCUAUGUAUUUUAAGCACAAUGGAAUCUGGUUUGUUAGAUACUUGAGAUUUUCUAUCGUAUGUUGACAGUUUCUACUGUGAAGGUUACAUGAUACUCGUACAGUCUUCCAUGCAUGGGGACACAUUUCCGUGUACAUAUUCCUAUCUACAUGCUUGCAUAUUCCUUUCUUCUCUUAUACGUUGUAUGUGCAUCUUUUUUUAUCACUUUAUUUCUUUUUUGAAAGGUACAGGUUAUUACAUGAUUAAAGACACAGUCAAGUGAAUAAUUUGAGAUACAUGUACAUAUACGUUUGAUAUAAUAUUGUAUAUAAUAUAUUUUCAUUUGUACAUUUGGAGAACAUCGAAUGAAAAAAACCAUUAAGUAAUUUCUUUAAUGUGAAGGGGUUUUCACAUGGCAACCAAGGAUUGAAGAGUAAUUUAAAUUUGUCAUAUGAAGAGGUUAUGACAUGUAGACCAAAACCUCGUGUACUGCCAUCUUGAGUAUGCUGCACAUUUAUCUACCUGAUAUAAGAUAUUUAGAUGGCGUUUUAGUCCGUUUAUGGUUGGGAUAGAUUUUAAACAUCUAUUUGAAUAGAUGAAUUGUUUUGUGGACAUUACAAUUAGAUUUAAGACGUCCUCUCUUCUUUCAAUAUAUCCAAACAAAAAUGUGUUUUACGUUCACUUCUAACUGUGUGCUAGGUGCAAUGUCUAUCCAAUGUGUUAAUUGCUUCUACAACGUUUUUAUUUGUUUGCACUCAUAUAACAUAUGAAUAAUGGUUUCUGAUUCCUUAUCACAGAAAGUAAUGUAAACGUUGACACCACGGCUUCAGCUGUAAAAACUCGCUUUUCUAGGUGCAAUGUCUAUCCAAUGUGUUAAUUGCUUUUACAAUAUUUUUAUUUGUUUGCACUCAUAGAACAUAUGAAUAAUGGUUUCUGAUUCCUUAUCACAGAAAGAACACACUGAAUGUGAUCUUUGUAAACGUCCCGACACCACGGCUUCAGCUGUAAAAACUCGCUUUCCUUAAUCGUGGUGAUGCACAUUUCGAUGCGCUUUUGUUAAUGCGAAGCGUUGGCACAUUGGCAUAUAUUUCCUCCUUGGUCUGUGAGUAAAUACCUGGUAAGAUUACUGUCAAACAUCACUUUGUUAACGGAACAGUAUAAAUAUUGUACAGAUCUGGAUAAUACUGAUCCGUUCCAUAUGAUCACGCGUUGCCAUCGUAUGCACACUGUACACGCGCAUAAAAUAUCCAUUUGUGUAAAUUAAACAUUGUAUAGGUAGCGUGAAAUAAAUGUCAUGUGUUGUGUUUCGGUUACAUUUCAACACUGAUCCCAUCCUCAUGUGAAGCCACAGCAUUCUCAGAUUUGCAUACUAGUGAUUACUCAGUGUGAAGUAUUUUACUUCUCCGCCUGAUGUGAAUUCCCUUGGUCAAUCCGUCUUAUAAAAUGCUGAUAUGGAUGGUUUGACCUCAGUAUUACACGGAUAAGGACGUUGAAACUGGGUAUGUUGUAACUGGUCAUGUUCUUUGUCCACUAAUCAUUGUCUUCGUCAUCUGUCCUCGAACGAGUAGACCUCUGACUAUUUUACCGUGACGAAUCUUAGAGUUAGAGGCACAUGAUUGCACUAUGAAGGUCUUUUUCAAAACAGAAACACACCAGAAGACCACAAGUGCUAAUACACCCCUUCCUGUUAAGUUAGCUAGAGUCGUGCGGUUGUCCUUAUUGAAUUGAAGUUCAGUGGAUGUCGUGAUGUCAAGUGAUGCUGCGACUAAUCGUUUAUGUCAUCGUGUACACUGCGUUAUCGGACAUUGUCGUCAAAUGUACCUUUGAAGACCGUUAGUUGUCAUUUACCUAGUAUCAUUCAAGAUGUCACAUGUAAUGUGUGUGAAAUGCCCAGUGUCCUAUUCUUAUACACACAAUGGGAACUGUUUCCUGUUGGGAAAUUCUAACGGACUAUUUUAAACACAUUCGAAUAAAUAUAGCAUGGUCAAGGGCUUAUAUUUGUUGCAUGAAGUAUAAACAAAGAUCUCAAAUUAUUA